AUGCCCAUCAUGGAGCAUCCUAAGCCAACAGUGACCUUAAUUUUUGUAUAUUCAUCUGUCCAGAUUGCGUUCUUUGAAGACAAGAACUUCCAAGGCUGUAGUCAUGAGUGCAGUACUGACAGUCCUGACCUGACCUCAUAUUUUAGUCGCUGCAAUUCCAUUAAGGUGGAUAGCGGGUGCUGGGUGCUGUAUGAGCAUCCCAACUACACAGGCUCCCAGUACAUCCUGAGCCCGGGUGAAUACCCCGAUCACCAGCAUUGGAUGGGAUUCAACGAUAGCAUCAAGUCAUGUCGUUCAAUUAAAAACGUCUAUGGAAAAUCCUGGAAGAUCAGAUUCUACGACAAGCAGGAUUUUGGAGGCCAGGCAGCUGAGUGUGUCGAAGACUGCCCUUCAGUUUAUGAGACCUUCAAGUUUCGGGAAUUGCGCUCCUGCGUAGUGAUGGAUGGUGCAUGGGUCCUGUAUGAGCAACCAGACUACCAUGGACACCAGUAUUUCCUGGAACGUGGAGAGUACCCCAACUAUACAGACUGGGGCGCCAACUCCCCUGCUGCAGGAUCCUUCCGAAUGAUCACAGAACUCUAG